AUGUCCAAGCAAAUUACCGCCAACGAGGUCAAGGAACACGGGACAGUGGAAAAGGGCCUAUACAUCAUCAUCGACGACGGUGUUUACCAGAUGGACAGCUUUGUGGAUGAGCACCCAGGUGGCGCCAAAAUCCUGAAGAGAGUGGGAGGAAAGGAUGCCAGCAAGCAGUUCUGGAAGUACCACAACGAGGGCGUGCUUAAGAAGUAUGCGCCUAAGCUCAAGAUUGGCACUUUGAAGGAGGGAGCGAAGCUAUGA